AUGGAUGCAGAAGACAUACGAAAAACUCUGUGCAAUGUUUUAACAGUGGCCUCUAAGAUAUACAAAAAAAGCACGCUGCACACAUACUAUAACAUAAAAAGGUGCUUGGCCACAGCUAAGCAAACAUACGAGGCGUGCUUUCACGAGGUCUCUCUGCUCCUAUACUUCGAAAAGGAUCUGGAGAGAGGUGAUGAAAAAAGCUUUGGCAGGCAUAUAAAGAGGGACACCGAGGAAGUACUGGCGGGCAUAGAUGCUCCUUACAAACUGCUGAAAAUCGCUACAAGCAUGCUGGAAGCCUGCAAGAGAGACCUGGCGGAUAGCGCCAACUUCUAUGAAACACAGAGUAUGCUUAUCCUGGCGGAGUUUAACAUUAGGACGAUGAAGCACGGCAGCUGCUUUCCAUACGCAGACCUGUUUGAGCAGGCGUACAGCGAAAUUGAAAACAAGCGCAGACAGACUAUACAUAUGGAAACGCUGUGCAAACAGCUUGAGUCCCUGUGCAAGGACAUCUUUAUGCAGAUCAGCACGCGCUUACAGAGAUACAACAGCAGCAUAAGAUGCGAAGCAACCAAAAAGAAUCCCCUAGGGGAAUAUUUAUACGCGGAUGAGGAAAACGACCACCUGGUGAAUUUGGAGACAGAGUCAGAGCCCGAGCUUAUGUGA